GCCGGCAGCCUCCCAGGGAGGAGCUUCUACCGCGGCCACGGCCGCCUCCGCGAUCGCAAACCCGGAAGACGCGCCCUGGCAGCUGGGAGAGUGCGGCGGUCGGGCACUGUCAUGGAGCCCCUGGAGGUAGGUUUGGUUCCCGCUCCGCCGAGGGAGGCGAGACUGACCCGCUGGCUGCGAAGAGGCAGUGGGAUCUUGGCGCACCUGGUCGCUUUGGGCUUCACCAUCUUUCUGACUGUGCUGUCCCGGCCAGGAACCAGUCUUUUCUCCUGGCACCCUGUAUUCAUGGCCUUGGCGGACUCCAAGCUGGGCCUGAGGCUCACUGGCCCUCUCCUGUGUUCACAGUUCUGCCUCUGCAUGGCUGAGGCCAUCCUACUCUUCUCGCCUGAGCACUCCCUGUUCUUCUGCUCCCGAAAGGUCCGGAUCCGACUUCAUUGGGUGGGGCAGAGCCUAGCCAUCCUCUGUGCAGCCCUGGGCCUGGGCUUCAUCGUCUCCAGCAGGACCCGCAGUGAGCUGCCCCACCUGGUGUCCUGGCACAGCUGGGUAGGGGCUCUGACGUUGCUGGCUACGGGUGGUCAGGCACUGUGUGGGCUCUGCCUCCUCUGUCCCCGAGCAGCCAGGGUCUCAAGGGUGGCUCGCCUCAAGCUCUACCAUCUGACGUGUGGACUGGUGGUCUACCUGAUGGCUACAGUAACCGUGCUCCUGGGCAUGCACUCUGUGUGGUUCCAAGCUCAGAUCAAAGGUGCAGCCUGGUACCUGUGCCUGGCGCUGCCCCUCUAUCCAGCCCUGGUAAUCAUGCACCAGAUCUCCAGCUCCUACUUGCCAAGGAAGAAAAUGGAAAUGUGAGUUCCUCCGAACUCUGAAUCUAAAUGGGACAUUUGACUUGGACUUCAGUGGUUCCUUUGGUGACUUUCAAGGAUCCACUUCAGAAGUGGUAGGGUUUUUGUACUUCUUAGCUGGGCCAGGGGCUGCAGAAACCCAAACUGCUAUUGUUGACAGAUAACUCAAUGGGCCAAAGUGGGGAAAUGUACUGGGCGCAAGUGGAAGGUGAUGGGGAGCUUGAUCCUGAAGCCUCCACUCUUGAUGGGUGACAGAAGUGUUGGGGGGGCUGGUGAUGGUGUUGGCAGCCACUUCUUGCCUGCAUACCUGAUGAAAAGUUGAGUUCCUGUAACUUAUGAAUGGCAGACAUGGCUCUUUGGGUCACUUUGAGAAAGCGGUGUAGUGGAGAGAGCCCAUAGGUCUCGUUUAUGGGGUAUGGUCCUUGUAGACUCUACUGUAUGACUUUAUGCAAGUCACAUGUCUCAGGACCUCAGUUUCCUCAUCUGUGUAAUGAGUGAUUGUUUCUUUACAAUCUCUAACAUUCGGUGUCUGUCAAGUUGAUGUCACAGACUACCCUCCCAGCUCAGGACCACUCAGCAGACUCGGAAUGUUAAUUCUUACAUUCACCAUUCCCUUACCCCUCUCGAGGGACAAGUCUGCUCUCGUGGCCUUUCAGGAAUCUGUGUUUAUUUGGCCUCUGGACCAGAGCACAAGGGGUCAGGUGCAAUGGAGACAAGGGGCCCAGGUGAGGGUCUCCAGAACUCCAAGACAGUAAAGGCACUAAAGUCACUUUAAAGAUUUUAGAGGAGCAGAAGGGCUUAGCUAAGCCUAUGGCUCCUGGCUGGGCUUCUUGGCCCAGCUAAGAACUUCCUUCCGCUCACCCCAGGAUCUGGGCUUGAGGCUGCAGGACACGGGUGUGCUUCUUCCCCUGACAUCCAUUUGCAGUGGUAGAGCAUCUCAUGUUUUGUCCUUCUUAGGGCUUAGGUUCUUACCUUAGCACAUAGCUUUGUGGAGCUGUUCUGAAGCAUUUAGAACAAAAUAAGAGCCAAGGAUGUGGGGCAGGGCCCUUCUGAUCUAGGGAAGACAAAGUCUCCCUGGUUCCCCUUCUUCCCUUGUCAGCUAAGCUUUCCUCAGUUGUUGUCUCUAGCCAGCUUUUUGGCCCACGAAGGGGCUGAAUUUGGUGCCAGGUGGCAAAUGAAGGCUGGAACCUCUUCCCUGCAGAGACCCCCUCCUUGUUCCAAACUGAAAGUAGGUCCUCAGACUGCUCUCAAUGGUCAGGGAUGGAUGCCAGACUGGAUAACUGCUGUCUGGCUCAGUCGGGGAGAUGGGACUCCCAUAGAUCAUGGCAAGGACUAAAAAUGGUCGAGCCAGGAAACCUGGUAUUGAGGUGGGUAGAAAGAACUCAGUGGGAACUCUGGGAGGCCUAGGGUGUAGGGCCUGGAGCUCUAGGUCCUGGGAGUAGAGGGAGCUGUUCCUAGAUGGGAAUAUAUUGGAAAGCCUAGGUCUUUUGAAGAUUCGAGACUUCCACUCAGAAACAAGGAGGUUGGUAGGAUUCAACAGUACAGGAAUGAAAACUGCAAGGGCAGGUGUCCUCUGAGCAGACCUCACUAGGCUCCUCCUGGGUUAGAUGGCAUCUCUUAGGAGCUCUCCAGAUCCUGAGCAUCUAAAGGGGGUCCCUGCUUUGCAGAGGGGGGUUGUUCCUGUCUCUCAUUGCCCUUUCUCCUCUCCAACUCCCCAGUGUGGUCUGAAUUGGGAGAGCUGGUUACUGGGGCUGUGUGGAAAAGAUUCUCACCUAGGGUCACUUUGGUCACCUCUUGCACAUCACAGCCAGUGCUGGGAGUCUCACUCUGUCUACAGCAGGGUGAGAAGGCCAGGUGAGGUUCACCAGCUUGCUCUGGGAGCCAAGCAGGCAAUGCCAUAAAGCCUGAGCCUGCCUGAGGUGUUGCCUCCUCCCAGGUGGUGCGGGGGCUGAUGGGCGGGCAGGCAGGCGGGCUGACAGCCGGCAGUUUGCGUGGGCAGUGCCAGCUGAUGUCUAUUCCCAGCCCUGGGAGGAAGGGGAAGUCAUUUAUAUUCUGCAGGAGGAAGGAGCCCCAGCUGUCACCUCUCUGACCAGUAGGCCUGGGGGGCAGGGGCACAGGGCAGAGAGGAGGGCACAGGUGGCCUCCUCUGGCUUAGCCAGUCUGAUUGCAGUAUAGGGAGGAGGUCACCAGGAGGAGCCCUUCUUCCCAGAUGGCCAGACUGUGGGGGGACUCCCCCUCCUUCCCCUCUUUGCCUUUCUCCUUCCAUCACCACCUGCCCUCACAUCCUGGGGCAGCAGCUGGACAACUGUUAGUCCUCAGUGCCAGGGCAUUCUUCCUCCAGCUGGGACCUAAUUGGCUGCCGGCUGCAUAUGCAGUUUCCUCCCCUCUGCACCCUCCAUCUACACCCCCGCCCCACCUCCCUGUGUCUCCCCAACUGGGAUAUUAGCUGGGCUCCUCAGCAGUGAGGCAGAGGCCCUGGGGGAGAAGCAAAUGGCUGCCCUUUUGCCCUUCUCCCCUAGCUAGGGAAAGCUGCUAGUAGUCAGCCUGUUUUACCUUUAAAAAAAAAAAAAGCCAGGGUGCUCAAGUUUUUAAAAAUUUUGAGUCAUUUGCACAAAUUUGCAUAUCAGGCUCACUAAGUCCUGAUUCCAAAUAUGAUUACGUUCAAACUCAACCUUGAGGACAUUAGAAACAUAGAUGGUUUUGUAUCCAAAUCGAAAUGGUAAUGGGAUUACCAUUCUGGGUUCAGAUACCACCCCCAGGCCCGCAUGUUUCCCACAGCCACCCCUUCCCGCGGCCCCACCUCCCUGGCCGGGGGUGGUGUUGAAUGGCAGGAGCUGUGUCUGGGGAAGUCUUCCAGCCUCACCUUCUUGGCGGCUUCAGCGGCAUCAGAGGUAGGCUGCUGUUCUUGCCAGCCCGUGACUCCUUUCUCCCCACCCUCUUAGAGGACAGACUACCCCUCCCCACUCCUUGACCCUGGCCAGUCCCUUCUUUCUCAUUGUCCCCACCCUUCUACCCCCGUGCAUGGCUGCUAUGGACCUUGUUUUUAAAACCUCUCUGUGGGAGAUCCAGGCAUUCUCCCUGAGCCAGCUGGCUGCUAUGCCAAGGCCUGUUCAGAGUUAAUAAUAAUCAUUAGCUGAAUAGUGCUGAGGCCUUUCAGCUCCAGAUCUCUAAGCACUUGCAGGCUGAGUCAGCCAGCCCUCACCUUCCCCUUCUUCGGGGGCUGCAGACAGGGGGAGGGGUCAGGAGUUGCACCUCUCAGCCAAGCCUUGAGGCGUCCUUUUGCUGGGAGUGGGCCCUUUUUACCUGACGAAGGUCAAGAUGUAGAGCACACAGUGUAAGUUCCAUUGACACUGGUAGUGGCCAUGGUGGCUGUUGACCUUGAACUUCUAGUCCUCCUGCCCUUCCUUCUGUUGACCUGUCUUGGCCUCCAGAGGACACCCUUGGUCCUGACUCCCCGCCCUGCCCCCACACUUCUGGUGGCCCUCUGCAGGCUUAGGGAGCAGAGAAACAUCUGGUUUAGUGCUCCUGCUGUCCUAUGUCUGGUUGUCUGGUUGACAUAAAGGGCCUGUGUAUCAUGAAGUGGAAAGUGCGUCCUGGGAGCUAGGAAACCUCCAGGCUGGGUUUACUCAGCCCCUAACACUGGCGUGGCUACAGGCAAAUCACUGACUGCCUGACCUACCUCAUAGGGGUGUUGUGAGCGCUCAGUGACAGAAUGCAUGUUAACAGGCACUGGAAAGUUCAAAGCAUUGAAUAAAUGUAAACAGGUGGUAUGAUAUUCUUGUCCUUAUCUCUUUCUCGCUCAGCCUGGCUCUGGGUUUUACGCUUCUUUUAGGGAGGCAAUAAAAGGUUAAUGGAUAAUGAUGCUUACGGAACCCAAGUCUCAGAGAGAUUGUGUUGCCAGCCAUCAUCAGAGAACACAGACACAUUCCCUCCUCGACACAAGGUCAGCUCUCCCCCACUCCUGUCAGGAAUGCCACUGAGGCUGUGACUCUCGUGAGGCUUGCUCCAAGUGCUGUCAGCUGGUGUUUUCAAGCCAUGGAGCUGACUGCAAAAUCUGGGAGUCUGUAAUUAUCCCCCUAGUCCAGCCUCAAGUUCCUGGAGCUGGUCUUAGCCUGGAGCUCCUGGCUACAGAUCUCAGUUCCUCCUACCUAAUUCUGCUCUUCUGAGGGAAAAGUGGAGCAGACAAGCCAGGAAGGCAGGAGCAACAGCAAUGGACAUGACAACCCUGCCACACCGACACCCCCCCCCCCCCCCCGGUUUCCCCCCUGUAGCCACAGGCUGCGUGCGUCAGGCCCUCACCCAGGCACUGGGUGGAGAUGCAGAGCUGUGAGACACCGCCCCUGGCUCGUUCACAGGUUUGUUUCUCCUUCCUUGUUUCAGGCUCUUGGAGUAGGAUCACAGACCUUUCCUCCUCAAAGGACUUCACUGGGAUUAAAACACACGCACACGCACACGCACACGCACAUGUGGUGCAUGCCAUGAAAGCAGUUAUGUUUAAAUUCGGAGGAUAUUUUCCAUUCCACUGGUCUGAGAACAGCCAGCAGUCCGCCUGUAGUGGGCAUAGAGGCAGGCACCACAGCAGCGCAGGGGCUUCCGUAUGUUUUUUAAUCUUUUUUUUCGUCCUGGGAUCCAGGAAUGAAACACUAAUCAGGCAUUGUGGUCACAGCCUCGGCAACUGUCGUCAGCAUAGACACAGAGAAGACGUAGCUGAAAGGCAGGAUAGUGCCCCAGAGCUGCCCUGGAUGGAGGUCUGACGUAGACCGUCCCCAGCACUGGGGUAAGCUUAAAGCAGACACAGAUUCCCUCCAGUAAGAUGACCUUCUCCCUACCCGCCGCCCACUCAGAAGGCUUGAUUUAGUUACCAAUGUGUGAGGAAUAAGUCCCAGUUUUUAAUCUACCUGCUAUUAUCAGAAUUUCCCUGGUGAUUUUUUAAACCUCUGUUGAAAGCAGAUUAAGUUGCUACUUCAGGCCAUUCUCUGCUGCCAGAGGAUUCAACUCUGCCUCACCGAGUAUACAUGCGGGGUCCCCAACACCCCGCCUCUUUAAAGCAGAUUUCCAGUUAUCUCAUAGUGCUUUCUAAGGGUGCCCAGGACUAGGCUAGGCCUUUCUGCUUAGACCCACACCUAAAGCAAACUAUGGCCAAGUGAAGGAGCAGUGGGAGGCGAAGGAAAGCAGCACAAAGUUCUGUCCAGCUACAGCGCUCCCCAAACUAUGUGCAUGUUUGUGUGCACGCAUGCGUACAACCCCCACCCCCAACGCUGGGUUCAGUGACUCUCACCUUAUGUAUGCCAGUGCUGUAGGGCACCUGGAAGUCCCUUCAGGGCUCCAUGUCCUGAAGGCUGGUUCUCUCCAAGUCCUCUGUGAUUCUGGGACUGUAACCAGGCUGAUGUCAACUGGAAGGCCUCAGGGCAGGUCUAAGUAUCUUUACCACUUGAUAUUUUCUACACAACAAUGUGUAAGCCUGAUGAAGGGGCUUAACGUGGCAGCUGCUUUAGCUUUCCUCUCUCAAGUCCUGGGAGAGGAAGCAUCCAGCACAGGCUCACUGUAGCCAGACCAGAAAAGCCAACCAUACUACUACAUGGGCCUGAGCCUUUUCUGCAGUGUAGGCGGGGGAAAUGAAGCUUCACCAGUGGUUUCCUGGGAGACAAGAUUAGGGGUACCAGAGCUACAACUGCAGAAAAGGAAAGUUGAGAGAUCAGGUGGAAGAGAGACAGGGCUGGCCAAUCCAUUUAAUUCUUCUGUUCUAAGAGGUAACUGUCAUAUUAACUUCCUCCCUUCUCCCACAGUGCCACCUAAGAGGAGCUAGGGGAAGAGCUGCAAGAUAAGACAGACAAAAUUGCACAUUUGGCCAGAAUCUAGGGAACUUCUUGUAGUGGGAGGCAGAAAGGGAGGGUUGAAGAGAUGCAGCCAUGGAUUCCUCGGAAUGAUGGAGAAAGGAGUAUCAAAAUUCUUCAGGCUCAGGGAAGGCUUGGCACAAAUCAACACAGAGGGGUGAACUCUCACCAGUCUUCCCCAGACUCUACCAGCUCAUCCUCUUGGCUAAAUUUAGCCACAGCAAAAUCUGCUUUGAAAAGAUUAAAAAAUGCUACAUAAACGUCAAUUCUGAGGGCACUCUAGCAUCAACAUCUGUCAUUUCAUUGACUGCCAAGGUUGAUUUGUCUGAUGUGGCUGGCUGGGGGGGGGGUUCUCCAUCCCUCACCACUUUGGUUGUUCCUCACGAAAAGAAAAAGACAACUUUCCAGACACAGGAGGUCUGCCCUUUGGUCAAGAUUUUAUCAAUAAAAGAAAUUAGGUAAUUAU